GAAUUGUUAACAGAAGAAGAAAAGAGAAAUAACCAUAUAGCAUCAGAACAGAAAAGACGAAGCAUGAUUCGAUCAGGAUUUAAAAACCUGACUGAGAUUGUACCUACUUUAUCAAAAAUUGCCAAUAAUUCAAAAAGCACCAUUUUAAUGCAAUCGGUGGAUUAUAUCAAGUAUCUGGAAAGAGGAAAUAAUAAACUGCGCGAAAAGGUCAAACAAUUGGAGUUU